AUGAGAGAAGGCAAAUCGCUGCAAGUUUUGUUUUACUUUGCUAUUUGGCAGUUUACUAGUACAUUUUCAGCUGAAAGCCCUAACCAAUCUGAUGUUUCCGCGAGAAAUCUAAACUUUAAUCUUCCCCAAACAUGCUCUCAAUCAACUCAGCAAAACUCCGGCAUCCAACUGACCCACCCUCAACCGGGAUUCAGUGAACCAUUCGGGGUGUUUUGUGACCAGGAGUACGAGGGCGGUGGCUGGAUCGUGAUCCAGAAUCGUUUCAAUGGAUCGGUGCAUUUCUAUCGUGAUUGGAACGAUUACGAGCGUGGAUUCGGCAACCUGAACGGUGAAUUUUGGUUAGGUUUGAGCAAGAUCCACGAGCUGACCUAUUCGAGACGGUACGAGUUGCUCGUGCUUUUGGAGGAUUGGGAAGGGGUUCAAGCGGUGGCACGGUACAGUGACUUUCUGGUGGCAGGACCUAAGGAAAAAUACAUGCUUAGAAGCUUGGGCAACUUUAGUGGCAGUGCUGGGGAUUCACUCAUGGAGUAUCACCUGGGUAUGAAAUUCUCUACAUUCGAUAACAAUAACGAUCUUUCUCCGGAUGGCAAUUGUGCCAUUGGUUGGUAUGGUGCAUGGUGGUACAGACUGUGUCAUCGCAGAAUCUAG